GUUGGACUUGAUGAUCUUAAGGGUCUUUUCCAGACUAAUGAUUCUAUGAUUUCUACAGAAUUUCCCAUAAUAUCAAUGGUUUUGUUUUAAUGUACACUUCCUCUCCCUGAAUGAUGUAUGUUCUUUGCAAGGGAGAAGACAAGUUAGAGAUUUGUAAAGGCUUCUACCUACAGUAAUCUGAGCAUCUUUGCUUUGGCAUAUAAAGUACUGUAUUUCCUUGUACUCUGCAGUAGCAACUUGCAAUGUAAGUUGCAGUACAAAUAGAAGACUAUGACUGUACUGCAAGAGGCUGAAGGGAGAGGUGGUAAUUAGAUGCCAAUUACUCAUGGGUAUAUUAGUUAAAAGAGUUGCAGAUUCAGUUCUUAAUAGUCAAGGAAGUAAUCUUUGAGCCUUGCCUCUUCACUGUGUAUUUGCUGUGACUUGAACACUGAAUGGAUUUAGAAGGUUUCUAGUCGUGAUUUGGUUCACUUGUGGGAGAAAUAAUUAUCUGUUCAGUUCUUGCAAGCCAGUCUGAUUAUUGGAGGUGAUGUGGGCUUAUGCCAUAUGACUAAGAUUUCUCAGGCUCUCAGGUUUAGUCCAUCGUAGGCUUUAGUUGCUGACUGGAGAACAGUGAGUGGAAAUCACAUACCACUUGGGAACUGCCUGUCUGUUUCUAGACUUAAUGGAUGGAAACCUGUAUAGACUGCAGAUCUGGGGGUGUCGUGCAAACGGAGCACUUUGUCUGGGGACUAUGUACAGAGCUAUGCUUCUUCUUGUAUACUAGUAAUUGCCAUAGUGUACUUAAAGAUUUAGUUGAUGAGUUAUCUCUGUUUUAGGCUAUUGCUGCAAAAGACAUUUGAAAGUCUAAAUUAUUUAUUUAUUUAUUUAUUUUAGAGAGUGUGUGUGUGUAAUUCAGGAAAAGGAAGUGAGGAAGACAUUCACAGUUUUAUUAGGUUCAUCUAUCUCUUUGCGAGACUGGAUCGGGUAAGCUCCCAAUUCGUAUGGCUGAUGCUACAGAGUACAUUGGUUCAGCAGGCUUUCUUGGUUCUGCCUUGUCUCUUUAUUACACUGUAUUCGGAUGUUAGAGAAAGUCAGAUUUUUAGGAUCAGGAGGGACUCUUCUGACUUGCAGUGUGGCUUGCUUGGCAGACUUUUCCUGUCUUUAGAAAUAGCAGGUAUUGGGCAUUGACUUGUGAACGGGCUGAGGAUAACUGGUAUAGGUAGGCUUGCUAUUGAUACUAACCCCAAUAAUAAGUGCUGUACAGGGGGCUGCAGUCUUCUAAGUAUAUCUGGGCUCAGAGCAUUCCUGUCUUUAUGCAGAUUCCUAAGUGCUUUGCUCUGCUUAUGCAAUGAGGCAAGGUGCUAUUCUGGUCCUGGGUUCCUUAUGCUUUAUUGCCUAAAUUCCUAGUUUACUUUGGACAAAAGAAGAGUAGCUGCUUCAGGAUGAGUGUAGAAGAAAGGAGUAGAGUCCAAUUUACUGAUUGUAAUGGGUAUGAAAAUAGCAGCAGCAGCUGUGUAUGUGUUUAGGGUUAGAGGCCUCUUGAGAGCAUAUUUGCUGCAAGUUAACAUGUCUCUCUUAGCAAAGAGUAAAUUGUAUGUUUCCAUCUUGGAGUGAGAGAAUAGAACACUGAUAAUCAAAAUCUGUGAAGAAAGGGGAGUAUGUUAACACCUGCUCAUGGGAUUUGGAGACAGUGUUUCCAUGGGACAGCAUACGCUCAGUGCUUUCUGGUUGUGAAUUAGCCUAGCUCUGUGGGCUGCAAAGGCUUCUUUGAAACGCUAAUUUAAUUGAGCUCUCACAUGAGCAGUCUUCCAUUGUGUGACCUCACUUUGUCCAAGCUGGAGUUUUUUACCUGAUACACCUUCUCUGAAGGGCAGGCUUUCCUCUUUGUUGUGAAGGUGAAAGUGGUAAAACUUUUAUCCAGGGUGGAUCUGGAGUGGAGAUGGCUUGGUUGUCUUCCCUCCAGGAUUAGGAAGUAAAAUAUCAGGUGUUGUUUGUGUAACUGCUUGACUCUAACUUGCAAUUUUGUAUGACAGGAAUCAUAUAAAUGCUUCUCUAUCAUCACCCUGGAGACCUGCUCAGCCUGAUUGGUGCACUGAGUCUGGUGCUUUCUGAGGCCAACUCUUUCUUGAUAUGUUAGUCUGAGCUAAUGCUGUGCUGCUUCUCUGAAAGGUUGGAGAUCUUAUUUUAAGAAACUGGCAAAGCUGAACCAUACUUGACUGGCACUUUUGUGUUUAGUCUUACAGUAAUUUUAUGGGUUUUAAGAAAACGUAAGCCGCUCUUGGGAUUGAUACUAAAAAGGAAAGAGAAGGCCGGAAGGAGUACUGACUGUAACCAUCACUGUGAGUUGGGGUAAGCUGUGCAUUUUCAGAAUAUCAUGAAAUUCCAAAUCUUGCUUGCCAGAUACUUUUCAAGGGGUGGGAUGGUAAGGUGGACAAAGUCUGGCGGUCGUGGGAGUGGAGAAGGAUGGUGUUCCUGUGCACAUGCAGUACCAAUCUCCCUUUUGGGUUGGCUGAAGCCCCGGAUAGCUUCGGAGUUCAGGCUUCCUGCAUUCCUGCAGGAACUGCAAAGACCAUACACAUGCUGAGCAUAGAGCAAAUUGAGCAAGGCAGCUUCAGAAGGGCUUCUCAUGGUAAACGAUGCCUGUUUUAAUAGGGGAAUGUCUAAUUUCUCUCUCCAGCAAGUGUCUUCAUUGUAAAGCAAGUAUCUCUGAUCUGGUGGAGACUUGAGGGCAAGGCUAGCUGCAAUGAUAACACUGAGCAUUUCCAGGAAAUGCUAUGAAAGAAAUGCUAAACUUGCACACCUCAUCCUGAAUUCCAGUAGGCAGGAGUGAUGAUAAUGUUGUGACUAUCUCAGAAGGCUGCACCAGGAGAUCAUAGCAUUCUGUUUUCCUAGGUGAGGAAGCUGCCUCAGUUGGAGUGAGAAGAUAGUCAGUGGGGGCUGAUAAAGGGAUCUGUGUGUGUACAAACGCAGAGAAACGUUAGCGCACCUGAGUUUUCAUAUCUCUCCAUGCAGUGAUAACAGUCUCUGCGAGGGAAGGAAGAGGCAUAUGAGCUUCAUUGAUUGAGAUCAUCAGCAGAUCUCUAGGUCAACAUCUUAUACAGGCUAGGCAUACACGCCUUUUGUGGUAGACAGCUAAUUUCAUAGAAGUUCCUUUUUCCAGGACAGUCAUGUAGUCCAAUUUUCUGGGCCACGUAUCUCUGCAGCUGUUCGGUCUUUGCUGAUCUGUGGAAAGUUCUCCCUUCUUUACUUGCCUUGCAUCAGGAAAGUUCCAAAGGCUCGUUUCCCUUCAAGUCUUAGCCUGUCUUAGCAUCACUUUCCCAAUUGAUCAAGGAAGUUGGGGAAGUAUGUUAAUUAUGAAACAAAAAAUGUCCCUGCUCAGCACUGUCUCAUCUCUAUUCUGGGAAAGGGGGCUUGUGUUGCCUCAACAGGAGAAAUAGGAGCUUCCAUAGGAGCUGGGAAGUUGUUUGGAUGCUUACCUUCUCAUUCGGGUUAUGGAAAUUGAGUCUCGGGAGGAGUCCUUAAGGACAGGACUACUUCUGUGUCUGGUCAAUCUCAUUUUUGGCAGCUUGAAGCCUUUGUUCCUGAGAACUGCUGAUGGGGAGGGUUGUUUCUCUCCCUUGUGGUUUUCUCCCUACGGCACUGUGGGAGAGAGCAGGGCUACUCCUUCGACCCAGGAGAGGAUUAAAAAGGAACUGAACAAGUACAUUUCUUUACAGCCUCUUACUACCAGAUGAAGCACAAACCAGCAUGUCUGACAGCUGUCUGGGACCAAACCCUGAACACAAGCUUAUGCUCUAAGGCAAAUAAAGGAGUGAAAGGUGUGUGGGUGUAUGCUGUUGUAAAGGCACCUGGAGGAGUCUGGAGCAAUGCCACCACCUUCGGACAUUGUGAAAGUAGCUGUUGAGUGGCCAGGUGCCAAUGCCCAGCUGCUGGAAAUAGAUCAGAAAAGGCCUCUUGCAUCCAUCAUCAAGGAGGUCUGUGAUGGGUGGUCGUUGCCAAACCCUGAAUACUACACCUUGCGGUAUGCUGAUGGUCCUCAGCUGUACAUCACAGAGCAGACUCGCUGUGACAUCAAGAAUGGAACUAUCCUACAGCUGGCAGUCUCCCCGUCUAGGGCAGCUCGCCAGCUGAUGGAGAGGAUCCAGUCGCACAGUAUGGAAGCCCGACUGGAUGCCAUGAAGGAACUGGCUAAACUUUCAGCAGAUGUGACCUUUGCCACAGAGUUCAUUAACAUGGAAGGGAUUACAGUGCUGACACGGCUUGUGGAGAGCGGGACCAAGCUUCUGUCCCAUUACAGUGAGAUGUUGGCUUUCACCCUGACUGCCUUCUUGGAGCUCAUGGACCAUGGUAUUGUCUCUUGGGACAUGGUCUCAAUAACCUUCAUCAAACAGAUUGCAGGGUAUGUGAGUCAGCCUAUGGUAGAUGUCUCCAUCCUCCAACGAUCCCUAGCCAUUCUAGAAAGCAUGGUGCUAAACAGUCAGACUCUGUAUCAGAAGAUAGCAGAAGAGAUCACCGUGGGGCAGCUCAUUUCUCAUCUGCAAGUCUCAAACCAAGAGAUUCAGACAUAUGCCAUUGCCCUGAUCAAUGCCCUUUUCCUGAAGGCACCUGAGGACAAGAGACAGCAGGACAAGCUGCUUAACCCACUAGACCUGCCCAUCACUGAAAUGGCUAAUGCAUUUGCCCAGAAGCACCUGAGGUCUAUAAUCCUGAAUCAUGUGAUCAGAGGAAACCGCCCGAUUAAAACAGAAAUGGCACAUCAGCUGUACGUGCUACAGGUCCUGACCUUUAAUCUCCUGGAAGAGAGAAUGAUGACCAAGAUGGAUCCCAAUGAUCAGGCACAGAGAGACAUCAUAUUUGAGUUGCGAAGAAUUGCAUUUGAUGCAGAGUCUGACAGCAACACCGUCCCUGGCAGUGGAACAGAAAAACGCAAAGCCAUGUACACCAAGGACUACAAGAUGCUGGGAUUCACUAAUCACAUCAAUCCAGCCAUGGAUUUUACUCAGACUCCUCCAGGGAUGCUGGCAUUGGACAAUAUGCUCUACUUGGCUAAAUUUCAUCAGGAUACCUAUAUCCGGAUUGUUCUGGAGAACAGCAGUCGAGAAGAUAAGCAUGAGUGUCCCUUUGGGCGCAGUGCCAUUGAGCUUACCAGGAUGCUUUGUGAGAUCCUGCAAGUUGGGGAGCUCCCCAACGAAGGCCGGAAUGACUAUCACCCCAUGUUUUUCACCCAUGACCGUGCAUUUGAGGAGCUAUUUGCCAUCUGCAUCCAGCUGUUGAACAAGACCUGGAAAGAAAUGAGGGCGACAGCAGAAGAUUUUAAUAAGGUUAUGCAGGUUGUGAGGGAACAGAUCACACGGGCUCUCCCGUCUAAACCAAACUCCCUGGACCAGUUCAAGAGCAAACUGCGCAGCCUGAGCUAUUCUGAAAUUCUGCGACUACGCCAGUCUGAGAGAAUGAGCCAAGAUGACUUCCAGUCACCACCUAUUGUGGAGCUGAGAGAGAAAAUCCAACCUGAGAUCUUGGAGCUGAUAAAGCAGCAGCGCCUGAACAGGCUUUGUGAGGGAAGUAGUUUUCGAAAAAUUGGAAAUCGCAGAAGACAAGAAAGAUUUUGGUAUUGUCGCCUGGCUCUGAAUCACAAGGUGCUACACUAUGGAGAUCUGGAAGAUAAUGCCCAGGGAGAAGUGACCUUUGAAUCUCUACAGGAAAAAAUUCCAGUUGCAGACAUCAAAGCCAUUGUCACAGGGAAGGAUUGUCCACACAUGAAGGAGAAAAGUGCACUGAAGCAGAACAAGGAAGUGUUAGAAUUGGCCUUCUCGAUAUUAUAUGAUCCCGAUGAGACCUUGAACUUCAUUGCACCUAAUAAAUAUGAGUACUGUAUCUGGAUUGAUGGGCUUAAUGCUCUCCUGGGGAAGGACAUGUCCAGUGAGCUGACUAAAAGCGACCUGGACACAUUGCUGAGCAUGGAAAUGAAGCUGAGGCUCCUGGACUUGGAGAACAUCCAGAUCCCCGAAGCGCCACCGCCCAUCCCCAAGGAGCCGAGCAGCUACGACUUCGUGUACCACUACGGCUGACGGGGCCGAGCUGCAGGGCCCGCUGCCGGGCAGCCGCGGGCCGGCGGCGGGAGGCCGGCACUGCUGGAACUGGGGCGGAGCCGGCGCUGGGCCGCGCCGUCCGACCGCGCUCCGCCG